GUGGUGGGUCACUCGCCACCGGGGCUCAUCUUCUAUCCUGCUGCCUCCGUCUUUCCACGCUCUCCUUCUCGCUCACUCGCUCACUCCUCACAAGCCUGAAUUCUGUCCCAAACCCCAAGUCCAAGCCCAGCCAGACACUAUGGAUAUAGCGAUCCAGCACCCCUGGUUCAGACGCGGCCCGGGACCCCUGUACCCCACCCGCCUCUUCGACCAGUUCUUCGGGGAGGGCAUGUUCGAUUAUGACUGCUUCCCCUACAUGGCCCCCACCAUCAGCCCUUACUACAGACAGACUCUCUUCCGGAACUUUCUGGAAUCCUCCAACUCCGGCAUCUCUGAGGUGAGGUCCGACAGGGACAAGUUCACUGUUCACCUGGACGUGAAGCACUUUUCCCCCGAUGAGCUCAGUGUCAAGGUGGUGGAUGACUAUGUUGAGAUCCAGGGCAAACAUGGAGAGAGACAGGAUGACCACGGCUACAUCUCCCGUGAGUUCCAUCGCCGUUACCGCAUGCCCUCGAGUGUGGACCAGUCGGCCGUCACCUGCACGCUGUCCUCCGACGGCCUCCUGACCUUCUGCGGACCCAAGGUCUCCACGGGAACGGACUCCAACCGCAGUGACCGCAAUGUCCCAGUCACCCGUGAGGACAAGGCCAACCCCGCCCCGCCUUCCUCUUAAAUAGGUGUGGCUCGCUGCCUGGCGAGAGUGAGGGUAUGAGGGGGGGGAGGGGGUGGGAGGGAGGCAGCUUGGGGAGAGGCACCUAUCUGAGGAAAGGUAUCAUGGGGUGGGUGGGGGGUGGGGGUUAGGUGGAGUAUCUAGUCCCCUUAUUCUCUUUCAUCUCCCAGCAACCCCCUCUACCACCCAAGAUGGCCGCCCUCUCCUCCUAACCCCAAGAGCCAUCUCAUAGGUAUCAGUGCAUGUCCAGUUGACUAUUCUCCGCUUUUCUAGGUAAACUAUUAUUAAUACUGACAUUAUUAUUAUUAUUAUUAUUAUGAUGAUUAUUAUUAUUAUCUGUGAUUAUGAGGAUGGAUGGAGAGGAAUGGGGUCCAGUGUUGAGCGCAUUUGAUUGUUUAGCCCGAAGAUUUGAAUUCCAGAGAGGUUCCAUCAACAGGACCACGCAUCCACCUGGCUUUUUCCACUCCCGUGUCCACUCUUUCAAACCCUUUCUCUUCGUUUUUUGUCAGCCAAGCUUUCCUGUCCUGUAGAUUUUUUGGCUCACUGAUACUGAUAUCUGGCACAGCGCUUGAGAAGUCCUACUAAAAGAAGUUAAAUAAAGAAUUAAUGAAAAGGC